CAAAGAGUAGUUAAGUAAGUUAAUGUUGUUCAAUUCAAACACCAAAACUGUAAUAUGGGUGCUGGUGGAGAAGGAACCGAUUUGCAAUUUACUCCUACAUGGGUUGUUGCUUCUGUUUGCACUAUCCUUGUCGCCGUUUCAUUUGCUCUUGUACGUGGUCUUCAUCAUCUUGGCAAGUUUCUUAAGAGGAAAAAUCAAGAAUCACUCUUUCAAGCCUUACAAAAAAUCAAAGAAGAGUUGAUGCUGUUGGGUUUUAUUUCGAUAUUUCUGGCUCAAGCACAAAAUGUGAUUGUAGAAAUCUGUGUUCCAGAAAAAAUGAUGCAUCAUAUGCUUCCUUGUAAACUUGACGAAAGAGAAUAUGAACAAUCAGUUGUAAAAUCAAAACCAAAACCAGUUGCACAUUUUCAGACUUUUUUCUCUUCCAACGAUGUUUUCGGCAAUGCUAGACGCCUUCUUGGUGGUAAUGAUGAUCAUAAAUUGGAACAACAUGGCUACUGUGCUUCCAAGGGAAAGGUACCUCUAUUAUCAUUGGAAGGACUGCAUCGCCUGCAUAUCUUUAUUUUUGUCCUAGCUAUUUGUCAUGUGGCCAUAUCUGUUUUGACUAUUGUUUUUGGAGGAUUAAUCAUUCGUAAAUGGAAGCACUGGGAACACUCUAUUGUUGUAGAUGAAGAAGAAAAUGAAUCACAACAUGAUCCGGAGCGGGCGGAGGAGGUGACUCAUGUUCAUGAGCACGAAUUUAUACAGUAUCACUUUUUUGGUUUUGGCAAAAAUUCUGCUGUAAUAGGAUGGGUGAGAUCAUUUUUCAAGCAAUUUUAUGGAUCUGUGACAAAGUUGGAUUAUGUAACAUUAAGGCGAGGUUUCAUUAUGACUCAUUGUAGGGGAAAUCGAACGUUUAAUUUUCAUAAGUACAUGAAUCGUGCACUUGAAGAAGACUUCAAGAAAGUUGUUGGUAUAAGUUGGUAUCUUUGGAUCUUUGUGGUCAUAUUUUUGUUGCUUAAUAUCCAUGGUUGGCAUGCAUAUUUCUGGAUUGCCUUCAUUCCUAUUAUUUUUCUACUUGCUGUUGGAACCAAGCUACAACAUGUAAUAAUUCAAUUAGCUCAUGAAGUAGCUGAAAAUAAUUCAUCCAUAGAAGGUGAAUUAGUAGUUCAACCAUCAAACGAUCACUUCUGGUUUAAUCGUCCUCGCAUCGUCCUCUACUUGAUUCACUUGACCCUUUUCGAAAUUUCUUUUGAGAUAGCCUUCCUUUUCUGGAUACUGGUAACAUAUGGCUUUGAUUCAUGUAUAAUGGAACAAAUCCAAUACAGUAUUCCAAGGCUCACUGUUGGGGUAGUUAUUCAGAUGCUAUGUAGUUGCAGUACCCUACCACUGUAUGCACUUGUUACACAGAUGGGAAGUGACUUUAACAAGGCGAUAUUUGUUGAGGAAAUACAAACACGACUCGUUGGUUGGGCGCAAAAAGCAAAACAAGGAGUACAACAAAACCAAUCUUCACAAGGAAGUGUUCACAAUAGUUCAGAUGCUACCAUUGAGAUGGGGUCAGCAGAAAGAAGAGGCUCAGUAGACAGAAUGUCGACAGCUACCCCAAUGACAACUACCCCGGAAGAGAGAAGAGGGUCAGUAGACAGAAUGACAGCUACCCCAGAAGAAGACAACGACGGCAUUGUCGCUAUAGAUGAAGAAGCGAAUGUAAGAUGAACAUGUAAUCAUGUAACAAUAAUGUUUAUACUCAUUAUUAUUAUUAUAGUUUUAACAUAUCAA